AUGAUUUCGUCUCUUGAAAACUGGGGUCAACUGAAGUUUACCACUUUUAAUGAAGAUUCUAAAAAUAACGAAAAAAGUGACGCGACCUCCGACACGUUUUUGCAGCUGCUUUCCCUUCCAAAGGGAAAAGAAAAGGGAUCCCCCCAAUUUGUUUCCCGCCCUAUCGUGAGUAUCCCGAUUUCGUCUAUCGUCAGCGCAUCCGGAACGACCAAAAAUGACGUGAGUAUUGUCAUGCGUCCCAACACGUCCGCCACGGGGCCCAACAGCGGCCUGGAGUUGAUAUCCUUUCGCUUUGCGGUUCCCGAUGUCUGCGUUGGAUAUGAACAAACCGAAGAGGCGGGAAAGGUCAUCCUCGCGGAGCUGCAGGAUCAAAUGAAGGCCUAUCAGCAGCAGUUUCUCAAGUCCCAUCACCCUGGCAGCGAGGAGAACAAUCUGCUGAUCCUCGCCACGAUGAAUGGUACGAGUGGCACGUACAGCGAUGAGGUGGUGGUGGCGAUAUUCGAUGAUGUCCAGCUAUCCUAUCCGUCUGGUAAGUAUAAAAUUAUCAUAUCUAACUACAAUGUCGUUCUAGAGGACAAAAAAAAGGGGACCACCAGUGGGAUUCUUUCGUUUCCGAUCACCAAUCUUCAGCAAUUGUAUCUGUGCGACGUUCCCACGUAUUUCUCCAGAGCUUCUUCGAACGACGUGGAUUCGAUGGUGCAAUACGUCGUCCUUGUUCUCAAAAAACCUCUCAAAGUGCGGUCAACGACCUAUACAAACCUUGUUAUUUCUUGCCCGCCAAAAUUUGUCUUGGACGAGGACCAUCCCUGGCGGUGUGAACUCAAAACACAGAGCGAAAUCAACACCCUGUUGGGCCUUACCGAGCAAGCAAACGAGGUGGACUAUCCCUUAGUUCCUUCCAUGUGUGGACGGGUUUGUGAUAUUAUAGUGCGCACAUUUAAAGCCAUUUCCAAAGUCCCGGCGUAUGGUGGGAUCAAUAAAGAAUACACGACUAUCCUUACUCAACACCUGCAGUCAUGUAUGCGUUGCCUAUUUCACGGCGCGGAGGGGUUGCUUUAUAUUGUGAGUGGCGGAUUUCUAUUUUUGCACCGCCCGGCCACAAGAAUUCCCUACAAGGAAGUGACAAUGGUUAAUUUAAACGAGUCUAAUAGUGGCUCUGCGACGUUUCAAAUUACAGUUUUUACGGCAAAGGACCGAUACGUUUUCUCAGGCCUUGACAAGAUUGAGAAGGAUGGUCUAAUGCAGUACCUUGGUAAUAAAGUGAAGGUCCAGCGGAUCGGGAUGUCUGCUGAGGAAGAAGAUGUGGACGAUGACGAUGACGAUGACGAUGACAAUGACGAUGAGGAGCUUGAGGAAGAUGAUGAGGAAGACGAUUCGGACUCUGGAAAGAGUGAUAGUGUCUUGGACGAUAGCGAAACAAGAAGUCAUAAACACCAUCGAAAGGAGAAAUCAGAAAAAAAGCAUAGUAAGGAUAAAAAUAGCAGCAAACAUAGAAAAAAAAAACACAAGCAUCAUCACAAAAAAUAA